CCGCUUCACCCUCGCGACAGUCCGCAUCUCCCGGACUAACGGGACACAUCCUCACCCCACAAGUCGGUCCCGGCCGCUCCGGACCCGCCACAACCCCGGUAACGGCGCCUGAAACGCUACAACCGCGGCUCUGCCCACACUCAAGAUGGCGCAGCACUCUGAGGCCUCACCAGAACCUUCAAUAUGGCGGUGCCCACUGCAGCCUCAGUGACGACAUUCUCAUGCCCGUGCGGACCGGAAGUGGCGCGGCCAUAGCGGCCCGGAGUACCCGGGACUGAUUCCCACGAUGGCCACCAGCCGCUCGGAGGACGAGGAGUCCCUGGCGGGGCCCAAGCGGGGCCCGGCCACCCCUGUGGGGACUGUCCCCAAACGGCGCAGCUCCUCCAGGUUCAUCAAGCGGCGCAAGUUCGACGAUGAGCUGGUGGAGAGCAGCCUGGCCAAGUCCUCCAGGGCCAAGGGGGGCCCCGAGCCCCCCCCCAGACCCGGGGGGACAAGACCCCCCCCCGGGGAGCGCAGGAAGGUGUCACGGGCCGUGCCCCCCCCGGGCCCCCCCGGGCCUGGCCCCCCCCCCGGCCUGCCCAAACGCCUCAAGAAGAGCAAACCCAGCCCCGCCCCCCGCGACCUGGGCAGGUGGAAACCCGCGGAUGACCUGCUGCUCAUCAACGCCGUGCUGCAGACCAACGACCUGACCUCGGUGCACCUGGGGGUGAAGUUCAGCUGCCGCUUCACCCUGCGGGAGAUCCAGGAGCGCUGGUACUCGCUGCUCUACGACCCCGUCAUCUGCAAGCUCUCAUGCCAGGCCAUGCGCCAGCUGCACCCCGAGGCCGUGGCCGCCAUCCAGAGCAAGGUGCUGUUCAGCAAGGCCGAGGAGCAGCUGCUGACCCGCGUACCAUCGAGCCCUGUUCCCUCGCUGGACACGUUCCAGGAGCUGCUGCAGCGUCACCCGGCCGUGUUUUACCCUGCCAGGACCCCCAAGGCCCUGCAGCUGCAUUGGCAGCUGCUGCGCCAGUACCACCUCCUGCAGGACCAGACAGUGCAGCCCCUCCCCAAGGGGGAUCAGGUGCUGAACUUCUCCGAUGCCGAGGAGCUGCUGGACGACAGCAAACUCAGGGACGUGCGGGACGAGGUGCUGGAGCACGAGCUGACGGUGGCUGACCGGCGGCAGAAGCGCGAGAUCCGGCAGCUGGAGCAGGAGCUGCACCGCUGGCAGGUGCUGGUGGACUCCAUCACAGGGAUGAGCUCCCCGGAUUUUGACAGCCAGACUCUGGCCGUGCUGCGGGGCAGGAUGGUUCGGUACCUGAUGCGCUCCCGCGAGAUCACGCUGGGGAGAGCCACCAAGGACAACCAGAUCGACGUGGACCUGGCGCUGGAGGGCCCGGCCUGGAAAAUCUCCCGCAAGCAGGGGGUGAUCAAGCUGAAGAACAACGGGGAUUUCUUCAUCGCCAACGAGGGCCGCAGGCCAAUCUACAUUGACGGGCGCCCGGUGCUGGGGGGCAACAAAUGGAAACUCAACAACAACUCGGUGGUGGAGAUCGCCAGUCUGCGCUUCGUGUUCCUGAUCAACCACGAGCUGAUCACGCUGAUCCGCAACGAGGCCGCGCGCCUCGGCCACCAGUGACACACCUGGGACACCUGGGGACACCAGUGACACACCUGGGGACACUUGGGGACACCUGGGACACACCAGGGACACCGGGGAACACACCUGGGGACAUGGGGGGACACUAGUGACACACCUGGGACACCUCGGGACACCAGUUUGGGAUUGGAAGCCUCCCAGUACUCCCAGUUCAGGACUGGGACCGUCCCAGUAACAUGAGUCUGGGACUGGGGCCCUCCCAGUGCCACCAGUUCAGCACUGGGGACCCCCAGCCCCAGCAGAUCAAUCAAGGGAUGAAUUUCCCUGGAAUUGCCCCCAGAUUCCACCCUCCCCCAUCCCAGAAUUUGGGGAUCCCCACCUCCCUCUGAGCCCCUCAAAUCCCAAAUUUCUGCCCCUUCCCCCAAGAAAUUCAUGGUUUUGUAAAGCUCCAACAUCUUUAUUGGA